AUGGCUUCUAAUGUCCUGGAAAUCGAUUCACUGAGUCUUUGUUCCUUGGAGGGCCUUGACUCAUCUCGCCGAUCAGCUAACAAGCUAUCAACGAUCUCCCGAAUUCGCAAAGCAGCGUCUUUCGGUAGGACCCCACGAAAGCCGCCGUGCAAUGCAUACCCAUCUCCACCAAACACUGCGCGCAGAGCUUUAGAUUUCGGUGCCAGAACUUCGCUGGGCAUGAUUGGUUCAAGCUGGGACGAUUCGAGAAUCUCUGGCGACGAGAGCUAUAGUUUGCUUCCCGCACUCGAUCUGGAUGCGAUUGGUGACUGCCCCUUCUUGGACUUGUCAUCUCUUGUCGGUCUUGGGCUGCUGCGAGACCCUAGUCUUCGAGGCACUCCUUUAAUGAUUCGUGAUGCCCCCUUCACUCAUUCCUUGCGGGGAUCAUCCUCCUUACCAACGAUUGCAACUGUCCCAGACAUCGUCUUCACAAGUCCCACGACCACUACUCUGCAGCCGUCGACGUCCGUGCAUCCACCGAUUGCGCAUAGGGUGAAGUUUUCGAGCGCUCUGAAUGCUCCGCUGCCGAGUGCGAGGGCUAGUCGGCGCUCAUUUCAUGACUUGGACGACUUUGUAGAAGGACAUACCCCCCAUAGUCAGCUCAACCUUGAUCGCUCGUCUGAUGAUUUCACGCAUCACACUGAAGGGUCGAAGGAAGCCUUAGACCCUCUGGCAGAGCUUAUGGCUAUCUCGAAAGAGUUGAACGCCAUGGAGCCGUUGGAUAGCGAUGAUGUUUUUGUACACAAUGGACGGACAACCAGGUCGCAUGCCGAUAUAUGCACGUCGCACAUAACACCGGGUGCUUUCACUAUCGUACCAAGACCUCCCUCGAUUAUUUCGAUUCUUGGUAUCUCCUCGUAUCUAGACAACAACUCCAAAUCUGGAUCGGAGACUAGCCAUCGUAUAUUGGAGAUAGAAGUAUACGACCAGUCCUUUAACGGGGUAGAGGUUCCCAGUAUCGUCGUCACGACACACGAUGAUAUCUCGUAUGGUUCACCGGGCGCCGAAAUUUUUGCCCUGCCUUCAGCUGGAUUGCUCGCACCGCCAAUGACCAACAGUCGGGGACGCGUGGACCCUCUGGAUGUUGAUGAAGAUGGGUUUAUAUCUUCUGUCACGGACACAUCAUUCGUAUCUGUCAAAUUUGAAGACACAAUCUCCCCCAGUGAAGGAUCACCUCCGUUUCUCGACGGCUUCUCGAUCUGCACCUGCCCAGACUGUAUGAUUCCUUCUCCAAUUGUUGAACCCGAUUUGACAUGGGCCGAUUCUUCUGUGGAUAUGACCAACGUAUUCUUCUCUCCGCCACGAACAUCCUCGCCAUCACAACGGAGCCCGAAACCCGAUCUACCAACCUCUCCCAAACCUGCUUUCCUCCUCCAUCGUGCAUCAGCCCCCGCCAUGUUCAUCGACCAGCCACCUCAACCCCCUGCAUCUCGCAAGCGAUCGUUAUUUUUUCGCGUCUUCAAACCUAAAGGCUCAUCUAUCUCUUCCCCGGUGCCGACUCCCGAAGCUGCGCUACCCAAAGCAGGCAAGCUAUCUUUCUUUCGAAAGAUAUUUCAUCCUAGGGCGAAAGCACAGAACAUUCAGAAGGCGACAAUAGGGUCUCCAAGACCAUUAUCUAUUACACUUUCUUCAUCGCCUACACUUUCCGUUCCUGAAACCAUCCAGAUGAGGCCGCAAUCGAGGGCAAGGCCGAUUCCAACGUCCCCCGAGAUGAAUUUCAGCAGACUAGUCUGA